CCUGCCUAUACCUACCUUUCUUCCCUCUCCGCGUCUAGUGAGGAGUGCGGCGAACAAGAUCGUGCAUGGAUAGAUAACUACAGAUGUUCGUAUAGAUGCACAUAUGCAUACCUAUAUACUCGUACAUAAAUAGAAUCUCUCGGGCACGCUGGCACAUCACACACCCAAUAUGCCUACCUACCUAGGUAGCUGGUUACAUAAUACCCAUCCAUGUAUAUAUCUAUUGACUGGCCUGCCUGCGUCCCAGCCUUCUCCCGCUCCCUCCCUUCGGCCAUCCUUCCGGUCCCCUGCCGCUGCUCGCAUGACCAGCCCCCUUCCCCUUGAAUCCGUUACACGCCGAGAUGCUGCACGUCCAAUCGUCCGACGCCCGCACCCCCCCGUCAACCGUCUCCGACUGCGUUACCCAAGUCGCGCGACUCCCCGUCACCCGGGGGCUAAACCCUGCCUCCCCGGAGUUCCGCCGAUGUUACCCCCCUCACCCGCCAAAAAAGAAUCUAGGGUCCGCAUCAACCUGUUCAAAACCGGAGGGUAUCAUUGCCUAUCAUCCUUGUGGUAUCGUACAUCGUUAUCCCGCUGCCCGCGCCGUCGCGUCGUCGCCGUCGUGGUAUCCCGUCCGUCUUCCCUUCCUCUCCCAACCCAGUGUCAGUCUACCCCCGCAGUCCCAUCCCUUGAACCUCCACCCUACCGGUCGCUUCCGCAACGUGCGGCCGCCCUCCGUCUUCGCCAACCCCGACCGUGCAUACAUCGGGCUAUGCGGAAGGGAUCGUAACAAGUGGGAUAUCACAUACGUCUAAUUUCCCUACUUCGGGAAACGGAGGGGGAAAACAAAACAGUCCUCAAAAAUAUA